AUGAUGUCGUCUCCACUCCAUCUAUUCCUUCAAGACAUGAUUCAAGCAAAGACUGCCGAACUGGGUGCCGACAAGUUGCAUGUUCGCAUGGCGGAAGACAACGCCACUGCCCAUCGCCAGUGCGCCAAGUCCAAGAGACGCAGUGGAAAGCACACCCGAAAGCACUCCUUGGAUAUCAGUGAUCACACCAAGGGAAUGAGCCGCUGGGAAGCAGGAGCUCGUUAA